CCCAAUGGCGGUGUUCCUGCAGCUGGCCUCUUUCUGCGUGGCCUUUAUCUCGACCCUCUUCCUAGUGGCAGCAACGUGGACCGACUGCUGGAUGGUCAACGCUGAUGACAGCUUAGAGGUGAGCCACAAAUGCCGGGGGCUUUGGAGGGAGUGUGUCACCAACAUGCAAGACGGCAUCCGGACCUGCGACCAGUACGACUCCAUUUUAGCCGAACACCCCCUGAAAAUUGUGGUGACCCGCGCGUUGCUCAUCACGGCUGACAUCCUCUCGGUCUUUGCGCUGGUGCUGCUGGUGUCGGGCCUCGACUGUGUCAAGUUCCUCAAGGACGAGCCCCAGGUCAAGCUGAAGAUGUGCUACUCCUCUGGCUUCAUGCUUGGAGUUGGAAGCAUCCUUGGACUGGUGGGUUCCAUCUGGUACGCAGUCGACGUCUACAUGGAGAGAGCCACCUUGUUGCUCCACAGUGUGUUUCUGGGCAUCUACCAUGACUUUGGCUGGUCUUGUUGGAUGGGCAUGGCUGGGUCCGUGGGCUGUUUGGUGGCCUCUGUUGCCCUGACCUGCUGUCUUUAUGCCAUCAAAGGAGAUGCUUCCCCUUCCAGGAGGUUUCAACGCACUGUCUAUUAUCCACGAACCGUCCCCUCCAAGAUGUAUGCGGUCGCAUCCCGAGUGUGACACUCGGGUGUGAAGGGUUUCAUUGCAUGGCAGAAAGGACUCCGUUGCCUGGUGCAAAACCAUUUUUCUUGAUGCGUCGGCUUUGGGCACAAGGCAGCAUUGCAGCAUCGUCUUGAGUUUGCAUCGUCUGUGUCUCCCCCUUCCCUCCGUCAUUAUUUCUAAACAUAUCCAUAUCAACCAACAUAUGCAAUAUAACUGCAAAUCCUUUCCAAUUGACAGAACGUUCACUAGAAUCCAAUGGUAAAGAGCAAAUAAAGUGUGGGGUUGUUAGUUGCCAGGAGUCCCCACGGGGAGAAAGGCAGGGUCUAAAUAAAGUUGAUUAUUAUUAU